GAGCCGUCAGGAAGCCGCAAAAGGGUUCGAAGAUGACCUUGAAUUUUGUCCUUCGUUGUCAGCAGAAGAGCUUGCUGAAAUUCGACGUCAAGUCUCUCAAUUGAUUAGUCAUGGUCAAUCUAAACCGAAUUCAACACCACCACAACUCAAGCGACCCAUACCCAUCAUCGACCCAAACAACAAAACACCUCUUAACAUAACACCACUAAAAUCAUCUGGAUCGUCCGCAUCAACUGCGGCACAAGUUCCGAUGUCAACAUUUUUUUCGAGACCCGGUUCCCCAUUCUUGUAUGGCAGUAAUUACUCACCAACAUACCAAUCUCUUUCAACCACUGUCAAAGUGACAAAAUCAAUACCUAUCAUCGACCCUACUAGCGGGAAUAUCGUUAACAUGCCCAAUGGUGGAGCAACAAACACUAAUAACGGUAAUAACAAUGGGUUUGGAGGUUUCUAUAGUGAUAUUUCU